AUGGAUUUCUUCUGCCGGAAGCGCGCGCGGUCAGACUCGCCGCCCAGGGCCGCGGCGCCGGUGAAGAGACACGGCUCCUGCCCGGUGGCCCAGAGACCCCAGCCGGCCAGGCUGGAGAGCCGCCCGGAGCUCUGCCCCUUCCUGGCUGGUCUCUUCCGCCCCAGAAGCGCCAAGGAGGGCCUUUCCGCAGCCCGCAGGGGGAGCUCCCGGGAGCCAGCCUCGACGGUGGAGGAGAGGGUCCCGCUUCUGGGGGACAACCCCAAAGGUCUGCUGGCUGCUGUCAGGACCCCGAUGCCACCUGGCCUGGAUCCCGAGGACCCAGGGGCUGACUUGUCAGGCAGUGCUGUCCCUGCCCCCCUCCGCUGCCAGCCCUCUCCUCCCACUGCCGAGCUGGCGGCCCCCGAGAGCAUGGGCCCAGAGGAGUCGGUGGAGGAGCCCCCUAGCUCUGCAGGACCAACGGGCCCCUCUGGCCUGCUGGAAAUGGGGACAAAGCAGCCCACCCCGGUCUCUGGGAGGAAGGUCCUGCAUGGCUCCCUGGAAGAUCUCUCCAAAGCCACAGCUACGCAGAUGCCAAGUCCGGAGCGCAGACUGUUCCGCCGACCACUGGGGAAAGGAGCAAAGGACACGGACAAGUGGAAGAGGGAAUCUAAAUACGUGCAAACCCAGCCUCUCUACCAAGACUACUGGAUGAAGCGCCUCAAGGCGGCGGAGCGCAAGCCCAAGGAGCCGGCCUUCCGGGUGGACGCCAGCCUGUCCAUCGCUGGCCUCCUCUCCUCCUCCCUGCUCGGCGCCGCCUCGCCGCUCUCGUCCCGCGACUACAGCUUCUGCUUCUGGCAGGAGAUCCCAGAGGUGAAGAGCAGGCGGCUCCUGGAGGGUCUCACGCCCCAGCAGCACCGCCUGCAGGAGGCCAUGUUUGAGAUGAUCACGUCGGAGGCCUCCUACCUGCGCAGCCUCUCGGUGGCCACGAGCCACUUUAAGGGAUCGCUGGCGCUGCGGGAGACGCUGACCAGGGCCGAGGUGCACCGGCUCUUCUCCAACCUGCAGCAGGUGAAGGACGUCAGUGAAAGGUUUCUCCUGGAGCUCGAGGAGCACAUGGACAAGGACGUCUUCCUGGCGGGGCUGGGGGCCGUGGUUCUGAAGCACUGCCCCGCCUUCCACAGGGUCUACAUCCCCUACGUCACCAACCAGAUGUACCAGGAACAGCUCAUGCAGCAGCUGAUGCGGGAGAACUGGCGCUUCCGGCACGUCCUGAGGAAGCUGGAGGAGCAGCCGGUGUGCCAGCGGCAGCCCCUGAAAUCCUUCCUGGUGCUGCCCUUCCAGAGGAUCACCCGCCUGAAGAUCCUGCUGGAGAACAUCCUGAAGCUGGCCCCGGCGGGCUCCGAGCUGGCCAGCUCCAUCGGCGCGGCCCUGACGGCAGUGGGAGAGCGGCCCUGCGAGGCAGCAUGUGGAGAUGGGCUACGCUCGGGGGGCCUUGUUCCUUGGCUCCCUGGCGGAGCUGGGGGAAGCGCUUCCCUUGCCCUGCCUCAGAUCGUGUCGGCCUGCAACGAGAACGUGCGGCACAUGAAGCAGACGGAGGAGCUGGUGCUGCUGGAGAAGCAAGUCGAGUUCGUAAAGACGAAGUCCAUCCCGCUCAUCAGCCGGGGCCGCUGGCUGGUCAGGGCGGGGGAGUUCUCCCAGGUCCUCAUCCAGGAGGUGGGCGUGGGGUACAGACCCCGCCUGAGCACCAAGCCCAUCCACCUGCACCUCCUCAGCGACCUGCUGCUUUUGUCCCGCCGGAGGGACGACGGCAGGUUUUCCGUCAAGGAUUACGCCCAGACCUGCCACGUCAGAGCGGAGCUCCUCAGAGCCAAGCCGCUGGGGCUCCCCGACACGGCCUUCCUCCUGUGCCUCUCCCACAACCACCGCGGGGCCAGUGCCGAAUUCAUCAUCAAAGCAGCCAGCGAGGCCCAGAGGCAGGAGUGGAUCUCGCUGAUAACCAGCCAGGCGUCCCCUCGGCCUGUGGGUGUGAUCAAAGCCCUGAGAGAUGCCUGCGCUGGUCUCUGA